UCCGCCCUCGUGUGGGAACCCGAGUUUAGUGCCAUGUAGUCCGCAUCACUUAGGAAGCAGUAGAAAGUCGGUUCAACUCUGUAUUAUUCCUUCUUUCUUUCCCAAAUCCCAUUCUUUCACUCAAGAAUGCAUACUCCUAUAAUAGUCUAACUUUAUUCAUCAACAUCACCUAUUUCACUGAGGAUUUUCUGCUGGGAUUGUUUCAGACUUCUAGUGCUGUCUGUCUUCUACCUGUGAGGAACACAACAAGGGAACUAUAACUUGGUUUGCAGUUUGCUGCUGAAUAUUAUUCUGAGAUUAUCUAGAAGGAAUGAUUCUCUCAGCACUUCUAACAUCUGUUGGAAUCAAUCUUGGCCUUUGUUUUUUAUUUUUCACUUUCUACUCUAUUCUGAGAAAGCAGCCGGGUAACCUCAGAGUUUAUGCACCACGUUUAGUUGCUGAAAGAAGGGUUAAACGAAAAAAUGAUUUCAACUUCGAGAGACUUUUACCUUCUGCUGGUUGGGUAAAAAGGGCAUGGGAACAAUCAGAAGAAGAACUGUUGGAAAACUCAGGUCUGGAUGGUGUGGUUUUUAUGCGAGUCUUCACCUUCAGCUUAAAGGUUUUUGCCAUUGCUGCAAUCAUUGGUGUAUUCAUUCUUCUUCCCAUUAAUUUCAUGGGAAAUCAGCUGGUUAUUGAUAUUUCCGAUCUUCCCAACAAGUCUCUGGAUUCUUUCAGUAUUUCCAAUGUCAAUAAUGGCUCAAACAGGUUAUGGGUUCACUUUUGUGCUGCUUAUGUUUUUACUGGGGCCGUGUGUUAUCUGCUUUAUUAUGAAUAUAAGAUGAUAUCUUUGAAGCGGAUUGCUUGCUUCUAUGCAUCCCAACCUAAGGCUCACCUGUUUACAGUCUUAGUUCGUGGUAUUCCCGUUACGGCUGGAAGCAGCUUUAGUGACAGCAUUGAUCAGUUCUUUAAAGAGUAUCAUCCUUUGACAUAUCUUUCACACACAGUUGUUCGUCGGACAAGCAAACUUCAACAGCUUACGAAUGAUGCAGAGAAAAUGUAUGGGACAGUUGCCCAGAUAAAAUCUGAAGAACAUACUAGUCAAAGAUCAAUUUAUAAUGGUUUCUUUGGGCUAUUUGGCAAUAGACAUCGUCAUAUGCGUACGCUAGAGAAAAGAUUGGAGGAUAUGGAGGAUAGUAUGAGGUUGGAACAAUCUUCAUUACCUGAAAAGGAAGUUCCAGCUGCCUUUGUUUCUUUCAAGUCGCAAUAUGGUGCUGCAAUAGCCUUACACAUCCAACAGGGGGUGAAUCCGACAGAGUGGGUCAUUGAACAAGCUCCUGAACCUGAUGAUGUUUAUUGGCCUUUCUUUUCUACUUCGUUCUUCAGGAGAUGGAUUUGCAAAUUGGUGGUACUUGUUGCUUCGGCUGUUCUUAUAGUUUUGUUCCUUGGUACUGUUGUAAUUGUGCAAGGUCUUACACACCUGGAACAGCUGGAGAAAUAUUUUCCUUUCCUUAAAAGCAUCCUAACAAUAGCUUUUGUGAGUCAGGUGAUAACUGGAUAUCUUCCAAGUCUCAUACUUCAGUCGUUUCUAUAUUUUAUACCACCCAUUAUGAAGAUGUUGUCCUCUAUUCAAGGUUACAUAUCCAUGAGUGGGAUACAGAAAAGUGCUUGUGGUAAGAUGCUCUGGUUUACGAUAUGGAAUAUAUUCUUCGCAAAUGUGCUAUCAGGAACAGCUUUAUCUCAAGUCAAAUUGAUUUUUGAACCCAAAAAAAUCCCUGAAAUACUUGCUGAAGGUGUUCCUGCUCAGGCUUCAUUCUUCAUUUCAUAUGUUGUAACAAGCGGUUGGACUAGUUUAUCUUCAGAGCUGUUUCAGCUUUUCAAUCUCAUCUGCAGUCACUUGCGGAGGCUUUUUGCUAAAGAGACGGAAGAUUUGACAACCUCACCGAUUCCUUAUGAAAGUGAAAUUCCCAGGAUCCUCUUUUUUGUGCUUCUUGGAAUAACUUAUUUCUUUCUCGCCCCUCUGAUUUUGCCGUUCAUUCUGGUGUACUUUUGUAUGGGAUAUCUGAUAUUUCGAAAUCAGCUUUUGAAUGUCUAUGCACCAAAGUAUGAAACUGGUGGCAAUUACUGGCCUAUAGUGCAUAAUUCAACAAUAUUAUCUCUGGUCCUCAUGCACAUUAUAGCAUUUGGAAUUUUUGGGCUGAAGGUUCUGCCUCUGGCAUCUACCCUGAUCAUUCCUUUGCCUAUACUCACGCUUUUAUUUAAUGAGUACUGCCGUAAACGUUUCCUGCCCUUAUUUAAGGCGUUUCCUGCUGAGUGUUUGAUCAAAAAGGAUAGAGAAGAACACAAUGAUCCUAGAAUGGGAGAAUUUCUUGAGAAAUUGAUGUCUGCAUAUGAAGAUCCAGUUCUGAAGCCAACUCAAUAUUCUAGGAACGCUGAUUCACAAACCUCUCCUCUUCUUCAAUCUAGAGAAAUUUGAAUUGCUAGCAUAUGUUGGAGAGCAUAUUUUUGAAUUAUAUAUGGAAAUGGUUUAUCAUAUUUUAUACUUCAUAUAGCUCCAAAGGAAUUAUGCAAUUUCUAUAUGUAACUAUGUUCAAAAGGUUCCUUCCGCUGUUUGUGUUAAUGGAUGGCAUGUUCUAUGUUUUGAUUCAUGCUUGUAAGCCCUUUUUUUUUCAUUUUUUUUGGUAUAUAAAGAUGUUAUUAUCAAAGUGAGAUAAACAUCAAUCCCAAAGCUUA